AUGACUAUAUCUCUCAAUGAAUUGGUAAAUUGGCUCCAUAUCACUCCAUUUGAAUUGUCUAUUCACAUAGUUGGAAUUAUUUUCAGCUUAAGUAUAGCUGUUCUUUGGGAUGAAAAGAUCUUGGAUAUACUGUGUACAAAUCAAAAGGAGAUAGUCUAUUGGUGGGUUUUUUUGCCGUUAUGGUGUGCAGAUGCUCUUGUGUCUUAUUUUAAUCUUGUGAUAUUUUUCAGACGUAUACAUUAUCACAAAGUUGUACGUCAAAAUCUCUGUCAUCAUGGAUUUCGUCCUGAUUAUCUACCUCCUCCGCCGUGGUCAUCUGUCAUCUUAGAUACCACUUAUAAAUUAGUUUUUGAUUUUUGUAUUUUUGCUUUCAAAUUAUUGCUUUUCCGAAAAUUAGUUUAUAUAAGCCAAAGUAAUUUUACUUACGGCACGGUUUUUUCUCCAGUUAUCUGUGUUAUGACAUUAGUACUUCUGUCAAUAUGUAUAAAAAAUUGCAGGAACAAUAGUAAUUAA